AUGAAGUUUGGUGACCAACUUCAGCAAGAGAUCUUCGCCCCCUGGCGACUCUCUUACAUCCAAUACGAUGUCCUCAAAAACGAACUCAAAGCAAGACAAAUGGAUCACACCUGGAAUCCACAAGACGAAAAGGAAUUCGUGUCACUUUUGGAAAACGAACUUGAAAAGGUCUAUGAUUUCGUAACUGCAAAACUGAGCGAAGUCGAGGCCCGAAUCAGCUACUGUGAGCGCACCAUCCAGACUUUCAUGAACAACCCCACCUGGUCGUCCGACCAGAAUUGGGGUAUCAUGGAUGAUGCCCUCACAGAGGUUCUCUUUGAUGUCAACGACCUUGCAAAGUUCACACGUCUCAACUACAUUGGCUUCAAGAAGAUCAUAAAGAAGCACGACAAAUGGACCGACCUCAACCUCCAACAAGACUUUGUCCCUCAACUCAGGAACCGCCCUCUCGACAGACAGCGAUUCGAUGUAGCCAUCGUAUUCAUCUCCGCACUUCACGACAUCUGCAGACUUCAGGGCAAGCCAAGAACAGGAAAUUCAGCCGCCGGUGGAGAUCAGAGUGCGUUUGAGCGAGCAACAGCAAAGUAUUGGAUCCACCCCGACAAUAUCACAGAAGUCAAGUCCAUCAUCAUGCUCCACUUACCCGUCCUCAUCUUCAACAAAGAAAAGCGCUUCGAAUCCUCUGACAGUGCGAUCUCAAGCGUCUACUUUGACAAUCCCGAUUUCGAUCUCUACACCGGCCGUCUGCAGCGCGACGAAGGUGCAGAGGCCAUCCGUUUCAGAUGGUACGGCCCCAUGUCCAGCAAAGCAAUCUUCCUUGAGCGCAAGACCCAUCAUGCCGUCUGGCUCAACGGUGCAUCUGUAAAGGACCGGUUCCGUCUCAAUGUCGAUGAUGUCUCCAACUUUGUGGCCGGAGAUCUGACCGCGGACGAGUGUGCCGAACGAAUGCGUGCAAAGGGCACCGACCCCAAGGUAGUCGAGGACAGCCACUUUGUCGCCCAGGGAAUCCAGACAUCUAUCCAGGAGAAACAGCUCUCACCCGUCCUGCGCGCCUUUUAUGACCGCACCGCCUUUCAGUUGCCUGGAGACCAAAUGGUCAGAGUCAGUCUGGACACAAACCUGUCUUUUAUCAGAGAAGACAAUUUCGAUCGCAGUCGACGCGGCUCAAGAGAAUGGCGUAGACCUGACGUUGGUAUCGAUUAUCCUUUUGGCCACCUCGAUGACUCAGAGUGCCUCCGGUUUCCUUAUGCCGUCCUCGAAACCAAGCUACAGACCCAUCUUGGCCAAAAGGCUCCAGAGUGGCUCACAAAGCUAGUUGACUCCCAUCUGGUCCAUGAGGUCCCUCGAUUCUCAAAGUACCUCCAUGCUGCCUCCUACUUCUUCCGCGAGCGCAUGCCCCUCCUGCCAUGGUGGUUGUCCGAAAUGGAAAUCGAUAUCCGCAAGCCGCGCUCCACAAACUUUGGCCUGACCCGUUCAAAAUCAUUCAAGCCUCUCAUCGAUGGUCAGUAUAGACGCGCCAUGGAAACCGAAGAACGCCGCAUGAGCAUGCUUCCUGUUAAUACCGAACCUACCUUGAUUGUGUCAUCUGAUGUUCCACUUGAUUAUGGGCCAUUUGGCAAGAACCGUCAGUCCGGUCAGAACAUGGAGAUGCGUAAUCUUGGCGAACCCGUGGUGGUCUCUGGCAAGAAUAAAAAAGAUAUCCGUCUGAAUAUGGAUGACUCUGGUUCGUCGUUUGAAGAAAAGAAGCCGACAACCUGGAGACGAGCACUGGGCCUGGGCGGCAAUCUGGUCGACGAUCCGAACAAGAAGGGAGCCUAUGUCGCACUAAAGAAGAUCAAGAUUGAACCCAAGGUUUUCUUUGCCAACGAGCGUACCUUUAUCAGUUGGCUCCAGUUUGCUGCCUUGUUGCUGACUGUGGCUCUUAACCUGUUGAACAUGGGUGAUUAUGUUUCACGCAUUGCUGGUGGUAUUUUCAUCGGUAUUUCUAUCGCUGUGGCCUUUUAUGCACUCUAUCGAUUCGAAAAGCGUGCUUGGAUGAUCAAUCGUCGUGUGCUUGGUCGUUACGAUGAUCUUUGGGGUCCUGCUGUCCUGUGUGCUCUCUUGGUUGGUGCUCUCAUUGUCAAUCUGUAU